GCAUGCAGGUGCUGGAGUGGAACGGAUUUCCUCUGACGGGCAAGAGCUACGAAGAGGUCCAGAGCAUCAUCGGCCUGCAGAGUGGGGAAGCUGAAAUAUGUGUAAGACUGAAUGUCAGCCUGCUGCCAGGUGGUGAGAAUUCCCAACCUAUGGAAUUGCUUGAGCCGGGAAAGACGGUGGAUAAAACGAAAUCUCCAGGAGUCGAUCCCAAGCAACUGGCUGCAGAGCUGCAAAAGGUUUCUCUGCAGCAGGGUCCUCUGAUGGCCUCUUCAGCCGUGGAGAAGGGGUCCCACGGGCACUCGGGGACAGCGUCGGCCACCUCCAGCUCCGUGCCCAGCCCUGGGCAGCCUGGCUCCCCUUCGGUGAGCAAGAAACGGCACAGCGGCAAGCCUGCUGAAGUCUCAAAGGGGAGUCCCCAUCCCAUAACUGGAGAAAUCCAGCUUCAAAUCAACUAUGACAAACAACUUGGCAAUUUGAUUAUUCAUGUCCUCCAAGCAAGAAAUCUUGCUCCCCGUGACAACAAUGGUUAUUCUGACCCUUUUGUCAAAGUUUACCUUCUACCGGGAAGAGGCCAAGUCAUGGUUGUCCAGAAUGCAAGCGUUGAGAACAAGAGAAAGACAAAAUACAUACAGAAAAGCUUGAAUCCUGAGUGGAACCAGACGGUUAUUUAUAAGAGCAUCUUCAUGGAGCAGCUGAAGAAGAAAACUCUAGAAGUCAGUGUCUGGGAUUAUGAUAGAUUCUCCUCUAAUGACUUCUUGGGUGAA